UGUCCUCUAGAAUUCACAGGAAAUUAGCGGCGGAGUGAAAUGGCGUGCACCGUAGAUUUCCGGAAUCUCGACGAGGGUUUCGGUGGGAAAACCUACAAGCGGAAGCGCGAAUCUCAAGAAUCUUCCAUCUCUGCCGAGAUAAUUGCCGAUGGCGGCGCGUCCAUGGACAUCGAUGGCGGCGCGUCCAUGCCUCCCUCCAAGCGGAGCGCCGUCGCUUCCUCCAAUGAUCCCGACAAGCCUAUGGCGGUUGGGAGACCGACAUACGAUGGUGUGAUCUCCGGAAAAGUUUCUGGACGGAAGUGGAAGCAGCCGCGAACGCACCGUGCGUCGGCGGUGCAGGUGAGGAGCAAGGGUCCGAGUCUGGAGGAGAGGCAGAGACAGAAGGAGAUUAAGAGAGCGUACAAGGAUAGGAUGAACGAGCUAAAGGAAGAGAUCCGGAAGAAUAAGAUCGAGAAGAGGAAGAUGAGAGAGGAGAGAGAGAAGAGGAAGAAGGAGAACAUCCUGAGAUCGGGGACCAAGCUGCAGAAGAUCACAAACCCUAACACAUUGAAGAAAAUCGCCAAGUCUAAGCAGAAGAAGCUUCUCAAAGUUGUUCCUGACGAGCUUCUCAACGGCAAGAAGAAGAGCAACAAUAAUCAGUGAUUCCCCUGUUUUCUCAAGGCAAGUUUUUUUUUUUGUCAUUUCCUGUUCGACGAUUUACUCUUCGCGAGAUGAACGCCAUAGUCGUUGAUUUCUAUGUAUGCUGGAUUAGUCCUUGUUCUGCAGCCUAAAAUUUCGAGUGGAAAAUACCAAUGUCAUAGAAUUUUAAAGUUUUGAGUCAAUACCCUCGUGCGAUUAGGAACUGGGUGAUGCUAUAUCAAGAAAUAUAUAUUGCUCAUAGAAGUUCCCCCGUGGUCUGAGCUCUAAGCCUCUAACGAGUUUCACUAUGUUGAAUUACGUCACAGGGAUUUGUGGUUAGUUGGUAUUAUUUAGUAGACUCAAUCUUGUGGCCACUACUUCAACAUUGUUCCGAAACAGAUGAGUGAUGAUCUCAUGUUUCUGCUGCUGGAAUUAACUUGUGAGAUUGUAUUAUCAUUUGCACGGCCAUUGUUGCUCUGUUUUCUUGGUUUUCUUAGGCAAUGUUCCCAUUGUAAUUGUAUGGAUGUUUUCUGCUUUACCGGAUUGCUGCAGAGUUUCUUAGUUCCUGUUUUAUAGGGUUGUGCUCCUUCGUGGCGGUAAAACUGUUGCCUCGUGGUCUAGUUUGCUUAUCAUUCUUGUCACCUGUGCCGCUGAUACCUUUGCACAAUACCCUAGACCAAAAUGCACUUGGCAAGAGAAUAGGGUUUUACUUGGUCGGGAUAUACGUGUAUUGCUGGUUUUGGUGUAUAAGUUUGGUACUUUUACACAGUGGGCAAUGUAAGAUAGCAUUCUAUAAGAGCUUAGUCCACUUCAAAGGUGGAUUUGAGUC